UAUUUUGAAGUUAGUUCUGACACGUGCGUACCGACAACAAUAUCGUGGGCUGGGAGAACCGCAGUGGUCAGGGGGCGGGGCGUCACGUUGCUAUGGCAACGUAGACACACAACGCAGCUGCAAUAAUGUCUGACGUUACAAGAGAAGAACACAAGAAGAGACGCACUCUGGUCCUCAGGCCCUCUUCUCGAACCAUCAAUAUGUCGGUGUCGGGCGUCCAUGGAGUCCACCAGAGCACGAGAGACACGAGGAGGAGAUCCAGCCUGGGGGGGGGGAGCCGAGUCCUGGAGAAGAGCGUCCUCCAGACCCCCAGACCGGCUGUCCGGGUGUUCGAUGAAGACGAGCGUGACGUCACCCCUCAGCCGCUAAGCCACGCCCAUCCCGCCGCGGCUCAGGCCGGAGCCAGCCGCCUGUUCCUGGACGAGAUCUCUGCCGGGUCGGCGUCGGAUCAGACCACGGCCACCGGGAGCUUCACCGUGCCGUUCUCCAGGUCCAUGUUGGGAAGCAGCAGAAUCUCCAGCCAGUCCACCAUCGAGUCCCUGAACGAGGAGACGGAGGAGGCCUUCCCCAGGCCGGCCCUCCACCUGCCAGACCUGCAGCGCAAAAGAGACGCUGUGAAAGGACAGGUGACGGAGGACGUGCUGACAGAGGUCACGGAGGUCACGGAGGUCACGGAGGUCACGGAGGUCACGGUCUCUGAGACGGACACCAUCGCCCUGCUGGACAUCCCCAGCACCGUCAUGUCAGUGGAGGCCGACAUGGCGAGGGUCGCCCUCCACGCCGCGCGGUGCAGCGGCCCGGCGGGCGCCGUGGCUGUGGACCAAUCGGUGCAGACGCUGAGCGGCGCCGUGAAGAACAAGGCGGUGCAGAGCGACCGCGUCACCACGGCCGACGCAGCCACCGCCGUGACCGGCUGGGACAUGUACGACACGCCGAGCGGCCAGGAAGUAGACCGGGCCGACGGCCUCCUGGAGCCCAUGGGAGCGGCAGAGAGGAGCCUGUCGGCGGGGAGCACGGCCAGCGCAGUAUCUCCGUGGAAGGCAGCUCAGACAACAUGUUUGUGUCCAGUCAGCGCUGCCAGCUCGCUGAGGGACGAGGACGCGCUGGUUCUGAACGCCGAGUCAGAGCUGCAGCUGGUCAUGCUGUCGGAGAGCUUCCAUCACAGCCUGCUGGUGAUGGAGAGGUGCAUUCUGGGAAACGCCUUCCAACCCAAGCUGGCUGCUUACAGACAGCUGCCUGUAACCCCCGGAGCCGACGGGCUGGUGGAGCCGAGGGAGGAGGGGCCCCACAGCCCUCCACCUCCGGCCCUGGAGCGUCUCUGGACGUUCAGCUGUGAGCUCAGCAGAGGACGCAGCGUCCACAGCAUGGCGUGGAACAAGAAGAACCCGGACCUGUUGGCAGUGGGCUAUGGCGAGUUGGCCUCCAGCCCCCAGGAACCGGGCCUGGUGUGCUGCUGGUCCCUCAAGAAUCCAACGUGGCCCGAGCGGACCAUCCGGUGUGGCAGCGCCGUGACGGCCCUGGACUUCUCCUCCAGUAAGCCCAGCCAGCUGGCCGUGGGCCUGCAGGACGGCAGCAUCGCCAUCCACAACCUGAAGACUCAAGGAAGCCAGGCAGGUGUGCUCAGCAGCAGUGAAUGUCCCAACAGGCACUUGGCUCCGGUGUGGCAGCUCAGGUGGACCCUGCAGGAGGUGAGCCUGACCGGAGAGGAGGAGGUGGAGUCCCUCUUCUCUGUGGCUGCAGACGGACGGAUCAGCAAGUGGUUCAUCAGCAGCAGCGGCCUGGACUGCAUAGACCUGAUGAAGCUCAAGAAGGUCCAGAGCACCAAGAAGAAGGCGGGAGGGACCCAGACAGAAAGCGUCCUGUCGGCUCUGACUCCGGGUCUGUGUUUGGACUUCCACCCAACAGACUCCAGCGUCUACCUGGUGGGCACCUGGGACGGACUGGUCCACCAGGGCUCCUGCUCCAACAGCCAGCAGUUUGUGGGGACCUACAGGAAGCACUUUUGUCCUGUGAACUGCGUCGCAUGGAGUCCCCUCAGUCCAGAUGUGUUCCUGAGCUGCUCCUCUGACUGGACCAUCCAGCUGUGGCAGCAGGACCUCCACCAGCCCGCCUUGAGCUUCAGCUCCACCCAGACGGCCGUGUGCCACGUCCACUGGUCCCCCAAGUGGGCCACGGUGUUCGGGGCCCUGAAGGAGGCCCAGCUGGAGAUCUGGGACCUGAACUCAAGCCUCUUGGAGCCGGUCCUGGUGCAGCCGGCUGCUCUUGGGGUGGCGAUGACGUCGCUGCUGUUCUCCCGGCAGACGGACUGCGUCCUGGUGGGGGACAGCGAGGGACAGGUGGAGGUCUACCAACUCCAGAACCUCCGGGUGGGCCCGGGCAGCCAGGUGGACGUCCUGGAGGCCAUCGUCCGCUCUGCAGCUCCCAAACAACUUGAAGACACACAGGAGGGACGAGAAGCACAAGCUAGUGUUCACCUGGUCACAUGACAUCUAUUGUUCAUCUGGUCACAUGACAUCUAUUGUUCAUCUAGUCACAUGGCAUCUAUUGUUCAUCUGGUCACAUGACAUCUAUUGUUCACCUGGUCACAUGGCAUCUAUUGUUCAUCUGGUCACAUGACAUCUAUUGUUCACCUGGUCACAUGGCAUCUAUUGUUCAUCUGGUCACAUGACAUCUAUUGUUCAUCUGGUCACAUGACAUCUAUUAUUCAUCUAGUUACAUGACAUCUAUUGUUCACCUGGUCACAUGACAUCUAUUGUUCAUCUAGUCACAUGACAUCUAUUGUUCACCUGGUCACAUGACAUCUAUUGUUCAUCUGGUCACAUGACAUCUAUUGUUCACCUGGUCACAUGACAUCUAUUGUUCAUCUGGUCACAUGACAUCUAUUGUUCAUCUGGUC